GAAAAACCACGGCAAGACGAGACAGCGAAUGGCGUACACCGGCAAGCGAGAUUCUUUGUUUAAAUGACAUGAAGUUAUUGGAGAACAAAUCAAUAUGGCUCUCAAGCUGGGAAAAUGUAGACUUUGUCUCAAACUCGGCGACUUCUAUUCCAUCUUUACGGUGGAUAAUAGUGUGCAGUUGGCGGAUAUGGUGAUGGAGUGUGCUCGGAUCAAAAUAUUUGAAGGAGAUGGAUUACCAGAUAAAGUCUGUGCGGAAUGCAUUCAAAAACUCAGUAGUGCAUAUAUUUUUAAACAACAGUGUGAAAGAGCUGAUCAGGAGUUACGCCGAAAUUAUGUACCUCCUCCGGGUUCGAGUUCCACACCAGUGCCACCUAAGAGAACCAGUAGUGAUUCCGUUUCCUCUAUCCACACGGAGGCGACUAACCAAACAAAACCAUCGCAAGCCUCUGAGCCGGACUCUAAUAAAAGAAAUAGUCGGAAACGUAGUCAUGAAAGUCUGGAAAUCGCUUCUGCCAGUAGCAAAUCAACCGAAUUUCGACCCAGCAAUUCAAAACGCGUUGAAGAACUAAAAAAUAGUAACAAAAGGCCUAGGCUAACGGCUAGCAGUUAUUAUAUGGACUCAGAUUACGAAGACAACAGCGCUUCUCAAUUCUCAGGCGAGACGGACUCUGACGAGCCCCUAUUAAGAGACGAAUUUAAGUGUAAAGUUUGCGGUCGACAGUUCCCGUCGGUGAAAAGCUUAGCUGCGCACUCCAGGAUUCAUUCAGGCAAAACGAACAAGGCAAAAGAGACCUUUCCUGAAAAUGUAGUAGUUACUAUUCCAAAGAAGAAUAUCCAGGAUGCGACUGAUGUAGAAGACAAAAUUAGCUGCGAUAAAUGCGGAAAGACAUUUAAAUUAAAAAUAAUGCUGAAACGUCACCACGAGACAUGCGGAAAGUCCCCGCAAAAGACUCCACCCAAGACACCACCCAAGCCCCUCCACAAAGAGUUAUUAAUAUCGCUGGAACCCAUAGACGGUAUUCACGCGAACAGAAUAAAUUGUACCAUGUGUACAACUACGUUCAAAACUACCGAGAACCUGGAAAAGCACAUGAGAGUGGUGCAUGCAGCUGUGCUGCCACAAGUUAAAACGGAGCCAAAAGCGAGCAACGGGAAGGUCUCCGUGCCUUGUAUUUACUGUAAAAAACCAUUCGACGACUACUAUGUACACAGUGAACAUUUCAGUAAAUGCCCAGAAAGUACUAAUGCUACCACAUUUUCGUGCCCCGUUUGCGAAAAAGUUACAUCAAAAAAGUCAGCAUACUUCAAACACAUUAAGGACAUUCACUUCGAGCCGCGGAUGUGGGCGCUGAAGCCGGACCAGCAGGCGCAGGAGCAGGCGGCACCGCAGGAGUUGUUCGAGUGCCGCAUGUGCUACAAGCAGCUGGGCACGGAGCAGCUGCUCAUCACGCACCUCGCCGCGCACGUAUCCAACAUCGAGGAGACCGGCGACGAGUCCAGGCCGAGCACAAUUGAAGAUUCGUCGUCAAUAGUGUCUGACAACAGCGGCGGCGGGCCCCAGAAGUGUAAAUACUGCGAUAAAAGUUUCAAGUACAAGAAAUCGUUAGUGAACCACGAGAUGAAACAUUUUGAACUUGAAAAAACAGAGCAAAUUCAGAAGCAAGAAAAGUCUAUGAACGAAGAGACGGAAAUAGAGGCAGAAGGUAACGCGUCGAGCAGCCUAGUGAAGGAGUCGUACCGCGAGGAGUCGGAGUCGAGCCAGGAGGAGGGCGACGACAACACGUGCGACAUAUGCGAGAAGCAGUUCUCGUACCGGCGCCUGCUCGUGCACCACAAGCGCACCAAGCACAACAUGAGCUCCGGCACCAAGCGCUCCAGCGUCGUGCUCAAGAACUGCCUGGUGCGCUGUCUCAUCUGCGACCUGGAGAUGAGCGUGGCCGCGCUCAACGACCACAACAAGAAGCACAUCCAGCAGAACAUGAAGCCGCGCAACCUCUACACCUGCUCCGACUGCGGCGACAAGUUCAAGAGCUGCAACGCUCUGGCGAACCACAUCAAGCUGGUGCACAGGCUCAAGAGACUGCCGCCCAAGCAGUUCGAAGGCGCCGACUUGGCGGAUUUUUGUGAGGUCGUUGUGACGAAGGCGGAACCGCUGGACGAGAUCCAGAGUCACAACGGCUUUGGUGAGGUUCCGGAGGAACAGGGAGGCGAGCCCUUGGUCAAUCUUAGCGGAUUUAACUGUACUAUCUGCGGAAAGAACAUGCCCACUCUAAUUUCUCUGAAGCGACAUGUAAACUGGCAUUCGAAUGUUGGGAAUAAUUUGGAAAAAAAGCUAGAAUGCUUUGUUUGCAAAGAGACUUUCCGAUUUCAAUGCCACUACAAACUACAUAUGCGCGAGCACUAUCGUGACACCAACCUGGAUCCCACACUGCUCACUUGCACCAUCUGCAAUCGGAAAAGCAAACACUUGAGGGCGGCUCAGGCGCAUAUGAACUAUCACAAACAAACACGGUUUAAGAAUAAAGACUACCAGUGCUCCAUAUGCAAACGCGUCUUUCAGUACCGGAAGGUGUAUCUUUCACACAUGGCUAUACACUACAAGCGCGGUGAAAGCCAGAAUACGAUAGUAGGUGAUUUACCACCCACGACUGCCGAUAAAGCCGUUUUUGAUGGCACCCAUACUUGCCUUCAUUGUGGGAAAGUCUGUGAUUCUGAGAACUCUUUGAAACAUCACAUGUCUUGGCACAAAUCGAAGACUUUGCUUUUUGGUGCGCGACACGAAUGCCCAAUUUGCCACGUCAUGUUUACUAAUAAAAAAAGGCAGGAACUACAUACGCGGACACAUUACGAAGACGAUAACGGUCCAUUCAAAUGUACAAUAUGCGGCAAAGGUUACACAGAUGAAGAUUAUUUCCGGCGGCACGUGAAAGGUCACAAUUUCGAUCACCAGUCUCACAAGGAUAGGAUAGCCCGACUUCGAAAGGACAAGGUGAAGUGUCCCAUCUGCGUGCGCUACUACCCCGACUUGGUGAAGCUGAUCCGGCACCUGCGGCGCACGCACCCCGAGAGCAAGAUGGUGAAGCAGGACCCGGACGCGCCCGCGCCGCGCGUCUUCUCCUGCAAGCUGUGCGCCAAGACCUUCCGCGACGAGCGCCGCCUGCACCACCACGAGGACUCGCAUCUGCGCAAGCCCGAGUUCUUCAAGUGCAAGUUCUGCGGCAAGAAAACUAUUUCGCUCAAGAAUCAUAAUGUGCACAUUAAAGGACAUCUCACUUCCAAACAAGUCGACAAUCCAUUUAAAUGCCCUCAGUGCGAUGAAACAUUCAUUAAAGGAUACGAUUUGCACCACCAUUUGAGAGAUGUACACGAUAUUAAUGAAACGUGGAUUGCCGAUCGCAACGAGCAAACGCUAAACGGGCCAUUGAAAGAAUUUCAGUGCUCGAUAUGCCUCAAAAUACUCGCAACUAAGGGUAACUAUGAGAGGCACUUGGAUUACCACAAUUCGCUGAGAUGCAACUACUGCUACGACUAUUUUAGUUCGCUGAGGUUCCUGGAAGGACACUUGACUUUUAGUUGUGACAAAAAGAAGUUGAUUGGUGACACUGAGAUAUAUCCGAGGAAAAUUAAAUGUUACGUCUGUUACAAACCCUUCCAUUUACAAGUGAAACUGGAUUGCCAUUUGCGCACACAGCACGGUAUAAAAGUAUCUAAGGAGGCUUCAAAGAGCAAAAAAGAUCUGGUUUGUGAUUAUUGCUUCAGAGUAUUCGAGAACCUUGAUGCUUUGACUGGACAUAAAGUUUAUCAUCGUACGGUUGGUUAUUACGGAUGCAUAUAUUGCAAACGAAAAUUCAACACUUUGACUCUUUACAGAAAACAUAAGAACCACCACUUCGCUCAGCUAAAUGUCGAUAACCCCACCAAAUGCGAACACUGCGAUGAGACUUUCGUCGCAUUUCGAGAAAUGAUUUACCACAUGAGAGACGUGCACGGAGAUGACAAGGAGUGGAUUAUAAUGCCAAAGGAAUCGAUUGAGGAAACAUGCCCCAUCUGCGGCAAGGUGUUCUUCAACCUGCACCGGCAUCUCGACUACCACGAGGCGAACCGCUGCAAGAAGUGCGGCGAGUACUUCUACUCGCGCACCGACUUCGACAAUCACCUGUGCGCCAUCGAGAGCGACGACGAGGCGGCGACGGACGUGGACCUGGACCUGCGCCCCAAGUACGAGGAGUGCCGCUUCUGCUUCAAGCCCAUCACCCGAAAGAGCUCAAAGGCGAAGCACGACGGUAUACACAAGGGUUCUGGCUCUAUUUCCUGUAGGUUCUGUUCACAUAAAUUUAAAACGAUGGACGCUUUCAACAUUCAUGCGUUUUCUCAUCGCAACCGCAAAUACAGAAAAAAUCCAUUGAAAUGUCGUAAAUGUGGAGAAAAAUUUAUUCAAUAUGGACCCUUCAUAAAGCACAUGAGAGGAGUGCAUAAGUUCGUGCAGAAAAUGCACUAUCGGGCGACCGUCAAAGCGGAGCCCUGCGUGGUGUGCGGAGACGAGUUCCCCAACCUGCACAAUCACUACCGUGCGCAUUUGCAGAACCAGUGUCCCUCGUGUCUCAAGUAUUUCACAUCCGCCAAAGUGUUCGCCGAACACGAGUGCGGCAAGGAGGACUCCGAUCCUACCAAAGUGUUUACGUGUGACGCGAACUUGCCGUUCCUGAUCAACACCUAUGUUCCAAAGGACGAACAGGAUGAACAAAAAUAUUACGGUUAUGGCGACGAGGAGGAAGAGGAAUAUAGCGGUGUGCGGCUGCAGGGCCACAUUAUGGACGAGGAAAGUCAGAAUUCGAACGAGAAUGAACACUUCCGGUUGCAGUGUCCCAUCAUAUCGGACGUGCUGUCGCUGUACCAGACGCAGGACGAGGCGCAGGCGCCGGCGCGCGCGUCGCCCGAGCCGGAGGUCAUCGACCUGUCCGACGACGACGUGGGCUGCGUCGACGACCAAGCCACGUGUCCCACCAUUACCAUUGACGAUUAAUACUCUCGUUGCCAACGUGUAACUAUACAUAUGAUUUUCAAGACUAUGGACACGAAAGGAGUUUUAGGGUUCUGUGCACUGUGGCUGUGCUACAUGAUGCCAUGAAGCUUAUGAAAUAUUGCUCGUCAUCUCGCCAUUUGGCUUUAAUGUUUUUAUUUGUUGUUCAGACAUGGUCCGUUGUUGAUGCUGAUUUUUAAACGGAUGUACGUCCAUGUAGGGGUAUCGUACAUAUUUUAUGAAGUAAUUGCAAAAUGAAUCAUGUUUAACAGAAAACGGUAUGUAUGUAUAGUCGACGUCAAAGAUAUUAUGUUUACACCUUACUCCUUUGUAAUAAAUAAAGGUGAAAAAAUAAAAAAAUAUCUUUGUCGUCGACUGUACCUUAUUAAUCGUUACUCAAUACUUUUCAUGUAUAAGGUUUUUCUGGUACUCUCAUGUCUGUAAAAGUAAAAGGUACCUAAAAUAUUAUUGAAUGCAUAAAACAUUGCCUUUUUUAUAAUCCAGUUUUUUAAAUUAUACAGAUUAAAAUGGCAUUUCGAUUGUCUACACACAAACACUGUUGUUAUUGAUUCCGUUUACAUGCCUCUAAACGAGGUAAAUGGAAAUAAAUAAAUAUGUUGUAAUAAAUUGGUGGAAGUAAAUUAGAAAAAUACUUUACUACUAAAAUGCUUGAGAUUAACAAGAUUUGAGAAGUUCUAUUAGGUCAUGCAACAACACGCGCUAAUUUUAUCUAUCUUUAUAAUCAUAAUUUUUUGAACUGAGCCCAAAGCCGCCUGUAGGAUUCUGACGAAUCAAUAGACCCCUCAGAAAAGUCUACAGGGUAAAAGAAAUGUUUUAAAAAUAGCAAAACAAAGACUUGGCUUGAAGACCUCGCAUCCAGGCCAAAAUUGUUUAAAAAAAGUCUCCAGGGACUAACGAAUUAGGCAAUUUGUGUCGUCACAAACAUAACCCGGUAUACGCACUCGGGUAAUAAUACAAAAGUAUGUACGAUAUGUCAUUUUAGUCUGUAGGUUAGUGUAAGUCGGAAAGAUAAUAGGAUAAUACAAUUGUGUAUAUAUAUAUACCUAGAAUAAGUGAAAUUAACCUAAAUGCAUAAAGAAAAAAGUGACUACUUAAUUAAUAAGUGGUCACUUAUUAUGUAUGGACUUUCGAGUAAUUUAACACUGUUGAUACUGUAUUCCUAAUCGCUGUUUAAUUUUGGCUAACCGAGUUGAACAGAGGAACAUGUAAGGUGUAGCUAACACACUACACUUCACCGUAUUUGUUUAAAUAGCGACGUUAAUGAAAGAGAUGUAACAAUUAUUUGAGCAAAUACGGCGAAAUAUGAUGCGUGACUUGACUGUAACUGAACUGCGGGUGUAUUUCGUAUGACCAGAAAAUAUAAGUGCUGGAAUUAGACAUAUUUCUGUAUGUAAUUAUUUUAUAAUAUUUACGUAAUAGUUAACAUAUAAGUUGGAAAAAUUGUUAUUGCAGUAAAUAGUGAAAAUUGAGUGUUCAACUAGGCCCCUUUUAUUUCCAAAACAGAGCUACACUGAAAUGAAGUAGGUUUUACUACGAAACGAACGAAAAGAUAGGCGUUUUUAAUUUUUAAUGCCCGGCCUGGUGGUAGGUACAUACCUUACUCAACAUUGCCUGGCUUGGAAUAUAGUUGAAUCGCUAUUUUUACAAGCCAGGCAAUGUUUGGCAUGGUAUAUAGGCAAGGUUGAUUACACGCUAAUGGCAUAAUCAAUAUUGUCAUCUUAUAUUAUAGGACUAAUCUAAAAAUAAAGUUUUUCUAAUAAAAAUCAACAAAUAUCUUAAGCUAGUCUAUGCUCUGAGGAGAUCGAUGGUAGAUUUUAUUGAAAUAUGCUGAUGUCAUACAUAUUUAUAGGCAUUUUCAGAAAUAACUAUCAUUUACAUUUUUCGAAAAACCUACUAAUUUUAAUUAUUCUCCGAAUACCUAUUUGAUAAAAUAGGAAAGUGUCUUUAAAUAAUUGUCAGGUUUGUGACGUGUUUCCCGUUCAUAUCGUAUGGACCGUCACUGAAGAAACUUUUUUAGAAGUAGAGAAAUAGGCAAGUGUAUAGUUUCUUGAAUUAAAAUAAAUGGUACCUACACUUUCUGCUGUAAACCCCCUUAUAAUAACGAUAUGUGGUUUAGUCAUGGGCCAUUUGCCAAAAAAUCAUGAACUGAACAUUGCAUCGCUGAUAGUGUCAUGAAGUCAUGAACUGUGGUAGGGAAAAAUAUGUCGUUUACUCGUAAUUUUAUUAAUUUUCAUAAUUGGAGGCAGCCUUAUCUAACUCGACAGCGAUCUUGAUAGCACAAACUGCUGUGUCAUUAUUUCAUAAAAGUUUGUGCUAUCAAAAUCGCUGCCGAGUUAGCUCGGUCCGACUCUCGUAGUAAUUUGCAUUUAUGAUAUCAUAUAUUUAAUGAAUAUCAAAGUUAUCAAUAAUUAUAGGAAGUUCAUUCUUUUUAAAGGAUAAUGAUUAGGUAGCGUUUAAAACUGUGAUUUAAUUUGUAACGCAUUCGCUACUUAUAUCGGAAUUUCGCCAGGUUGCAGUACCUACGUCUCCCGGUGUCGUCAGUGUUCGACAAAUAUGUUCUCAAUACAUAUUAACACGUAUUAGGUAAAUUCUUACAUGCGUCAUCCGUUAAUUUACAAUGUAUAUGUAGGUACACUUUUAAAUUACUGAUAUUUUAUAUUUUUACGUGGGGUGCCUAAUGGAUUGCACGAUUUAAUUUUCAUUUCCGUUUUAGGUGCGAUUAAAAUUAUUAUAAAAUAUAAAUGAAUACAUUACCUACCAGCUCAUUGGCUGCCAUAUGUAUAGAAUAGUAGAAGCUCCAUGCAUUACCGAGUUAAGGAAGCGGGAGAGGGUGCGCCGCACCGUUGCACCAAGCGCGGGAUUGUGAAGCUCGUGUGCAUCGUAUCUUAGAUUUAAAAAUUAUAAUAACCUGUACUAGAAAUGUUAUAAUCACAGUAGAGUCAGAUUAUAGUCUCAUAAUGAAUGUGUGAACUUGUUUUGUAUGAAGCUUAACUUGUAGACUAAGAGAUAUCCCCGGGGAAUGGUACAUGAAAAAGCAACGAAACUUGACUGUAUGCUAUAUCCUUAUUCCUGGAUCCACAAUUCUAGCAACUCUAGUCAGGUGUCUGGAUUCAGUAGUAAGAAUAGUAUAGCAAACUGUCAAGUUUCGUUGCUUUUUCCUGUACCAUUCUCUGGCGCAACCUCUCCGUCUAUUGAGAAACUUGAUGCCUGAAUGGCCGGUAAUGGACGCGCUGGUCAAGAGAACGUUAAAACUACACUCGCAGAAAAUAAGGUGGUUUAGUUAGGCUGGCCCUAGACGUUCUCCUUUGCGGUUCAAAAAACUGAACCGAACGUGUAACAGCAACUUUAGUCGGCGUUGUGUCGUUGUGCGUACAUUUUAUAUCAAGUUUAAGGACAGCUUUUAUUCAAAAGUAGCUAUUCGUAUGUAAAUAGGUACAGUUUGGUUUAUAUGUAAGGAUAGAAUUAUAACCAUACUGGAUUAGAUGUAUUAUAGGGCUAAGAUUAAAAAAGAAGAUUCUGCGUGUACUUGAAGUAUUACCAAUGCAGCGAAUGUGGAAAGAAAGUAAUUUACACUGGAUUUAAUUACUAGAUGUAGAUGCGCAAGAAAAUUUUGCGAUUGAACUAAUCACCUGAGACAUGUUAAGUUUCCAUUAUUAUGUUAAAACCAAACAACAUGACCUUUUUCUAUCAAAUCAAACUCUGCCUGCUUCUAAACCGUAGUGCGUGUGGAUCUGCACAUUUUUGCAUCGGACGCAUCGCAUGCAAAAUACCUACUGGAUUUACAAAGAAAACCAUGCAAUGUUCUGGUUACCUACGCAAAGUGUCGGGUAACAAAACCUGAACUCAUGUUAAGAAAAUAAGAUUAACUUAGCUACUUACAAUUAUUUCGGCUACUGGCUCGGUCGCUGUGCGUACUGAGAUACAGUCUGAUUCUUUGCCACCAUACCAAUUAAAAGACCAAAAAGAAGCUUGAUGCAAAAACAAGUUAAUAAUAACAACGUACAUAAAAACCGACAAAAAUUGAAAUGGAUGAAAUGAUAAAGAAAUAAACGCAUCGUUCAAUGCGUUGUAUGUUUGAUGCGAUCCGUCCGAUGCUCCAGUGGCCUAGGUCUUAAAUAAAGUUAGCUUUACUCAAUGUAAUGAAACUAUUUUUAUCGCACGAUUAUGUAUUUCAUAUUAUUUUCUAGAUAAGUAUGUGAUAUUUGUUUCGAACUAUUAUUGUUUAUUUUUCACUGGCUAUUUAGAUUUGUCUAUGAUUUUGUAAACCCCUUACCGCAUACGAAGCCAUAUACUUAUGGCGGAUAUGAUAUUUAACUCUAUUGACAGCUAUUAAAGUUCAAAUUUGAACAAAUAUUUUUUAUUAUAUGCAAUAAGGGGUUAAUUUGUGAGUCGUAAAUGUCCUAAGUUAAAAAUAAAGAUAAUCAUUGUACAAAUGUUGACGUAAAGGGUCUAGCGGGCUAAGCGAACAAGAAGUGCCCCCAACGACGAUUUGGUCAUUCUUUCAGGUGGUGGUGUACUGGGAGGUCCUAAGAACACUAUGCUUAAUAUCAGAACAUUUAUGCAUAUACUUUUAUUUGUGUAUGUAGCGGGUAUUAGUGGCUACUCAUGCAUAUUUUUUUGUAGGUGUACCUCCGCGAAUAGUAUAAAAAAUAAUGAGAAAAAUAUAUUUUUUUUUUAUAAUGAAGUAUAAGGGCAUGAUGCAGGUUAAACAUAUUCAUUUUGUAGUCUAUUUUAUUGUUGUCAAAUAUAAUUUUGUUUGGUUAAUCUAACAUGAACAGUUUACAAAACAUGACACUUUCAAUGAUACACUAUCCUGAAUAACUCGAUAACAAAAGAAGAUCGAGGACUGAUAUUAAGCAUAGAGUGUUCUUAGGACCUGCCUGUGCACCACCACCUGAAAGAAUGACCAAAUCGUCGUUGGGGGCACUUCUUGUUCGCUUAGCCUGCUAGACCAUUUUGUUAGGCUACAGUUAUUGGCCUGUAUAUAGUAAUUGGCCACUCUUGAUAACAAGGUUUCAAUUGGCUUGUUUCUUUCUGUGUAUGGUAUGGAGUGGCCAAUUACUAAAUACUGGCCAAUAACUAUAGCAGUCACCCUAUAUAAAUACGAUUAGGCAUCGAUUGUAGCAUUAUCGUUUUCUUUUCAUAACUUGCCCCACUUUUCCAUGCUGUAACGAUCCAGAGAAAUAAUAAUUACAUUAAACAUUGA